AUGGACCACUGGCCAAAAGACGUCGGAAUAUGCGCUAUUCACGUCGUCGUACCGUCGUUGUACGUCGAUCAAGCCGAUUUGGAACGAUACGACCGAGUAUCCGAAGGUAAAUACACCGUCGGUCUAGGCCAAAAGCAAAUGGGGUUCUGCACGGAUCUGGAAGACGUGAACUCGCUGUGCCUAACCGCGGUCAGUCAGCUGAUCGAUAACAACGGCCUCAGCUACUCUGACAUCGGUCGCCUGGAAGUGGGCACCGAAACCAUUGUCGACAAGUCGAAAAGCGUGAAAACGGUGUUGAUGAAGCUGUUCGAGGCCAGCGGAAAUUUCCAGGUGGCGGGCAUCGACACGACGAACGCCUGUUACGGUGGCACGGCCUCGCUGUUCAACGCCCUGUCGUGGAUCGAGUAGAGCGCGUGGGACGGCAGGCUGGCCGUGGUGGUGGCGGCAGACAUCGCGGUCUACGCCGAGGGCAACGCGCGUCCGACUGGUGGCGCCGGCGCCGUCGCGAUGUUGAUCRGCCCGGGCGCAGCGCUGGUGGUCGACCGGGGCCUGCGAGCAACGUACAUGAAGCACGCGUACGAUUUCUACAAGCCCGACCUGUCGUCCGAGUACCCGAUGGUCGACGGCAAGCUGUCCGUCGAUUGUUACCUGAACGCCCUGGACCGGUGCUACGAGUCCUAUCUGAGCAAGUGUCACGGCGACGACGUCGGCCUGAACCGGUUCGAUUCGUUCGUGUUCCACGCGCCUUACUGCAAACUGGUGCGCAAAUCCUUGGCCCGGUUAUACAUGUACGACUCCGUCAACGGCGUCGGCGCGAACGACGAGCAACACCAACAACGGGACUGGACCGGCGUCGAGAACACGUACGUGGAGCUCAGCAGGACCGUUUUCGAGGACAAGACCGAGCCGUCGCUGUUGCUGGCGUCGCGCGUCGGCAACACGUACACUGCGUCCGUGUACAGCGGACUGGCGUCGUGUCUGUUGUCGGUGCCGCCUGAACGUCUGCCCGGCAAGAGGAUCGGCGUGUUCUCCUACGGUUCCGGUCUCGCGUCGUCCAUGUACUCGAUCAGGGUGGUAGACAACGGUAGCCUGCCCGGUCUGAUCGGCAACCUGAAGAAGAGCGUCGACCGUCUGGAAGGACGGACGCGCCUCACACCCGAACAGUUCGCGCGCGUGUUAGACGUCCGUCAGAAGUCCCUGCACCGAGCCCCGUACGUGCCGACUGGCGACAGGAGCCAGCUGUUCCCGGGCACUUGGUUCUUGUCGAGUGUCGACGAAAUGCACAGACGGUAUUAMGAGAGAAAUUAAUGAGCAAGAAAC